GUGGAGUUUAUCCGGUUGAGAGGUGCCGGUGUGUUCUUAUUCAAGCAACUCUUCAAUCUAUGAUUCAAGCUAGCUAGCUAGCUGCUCAGAACAUGUAUUAGAAGACAAUUGAUUUUAGUGCUGGUGGUGGAUAAAAUCUGAUGGCAACUGAGAAGGACACCUCACCCCUGAUUGAACUGGGACACCCAGUGGAAUCUGGAUUCAUAAACACUCCACAAUAUACUGAUGAAUCCUCUACUGCAUCUGAGACAGCACCGUUAACUUCUGCUGGUAGUAAGAAGUAUGGCACGCAAGGACCAAGCAGUCCUCAGAGGCACGGUGGAAUAAGAAACUGGAAGGACUAUCUCAACUACUGGCGGAAUCAGCUGCAAGGACAGGGCAAGUUCCAAUGGCCGUGGAAGAGAAACAAACCACCAGCCCGACAGAGAACCAUUUACUUCAACGAUCGCGAGAAAAACAAGUCUGGGGUCAAGUACUGCUCCAACCAAAUCAGCACCACAAAGUACAACAUCUUGACUUUCAUUCCGAAGUUUCUCUUUGAUCAGUUCGGGAGAUAUGCCAACUUGUUCUUCCUGGUGAUUGCCCUGUUACAGCAAAUUCCUGGCAUUUCUCCGACUGGUCGCUACACCACCAUCGUUCCUCUCACUAUGGUACUCCUCGUCAUAGCUGUCAAGGAGAUCAUUGAAGACAUGAGACGGUGGAGGGCCGAUAAUAAAGUCAACAACAGCAAAACUGGUGUUUUAAGAAAUGAUAUGUUUGAGACCUUACAUUGGAAGAAGCUGGUGGUGGGUGACAUUGUGAGGGUGGAGAAUGGUCAGUUCUUCCCAGCAGACCUUGUACUGCUAUCAUCAAGUGAGCCUCAGGGCAUCUGCUACGUGGAGACGUCCAACCUUGAUGGUGAGACCAAUCUCAAGAUACGUCAGGCCCACACAGCCACUGUUGGGAGGAAGACAGAGAGAGAUCUGGCUGUCGUAGAGGGACUUGUAGAAUGUGAAGGGCCCAACAACAGACUGUAUGAGUUCACUGGAAACAUCAAUCUAUCAGAGCAACUGGAGCCCAUCCAAGCUGACCAGGUGUUGCUAAGAGGCUCUCAGUUGAGGAACACAGACUGGGUGGCUGGACUGGUCAUAUACACCGGCCACGAAUCUAAGCUACUCCAAAACGCUACCUCUGCCCCCCUCAAGAGGUCACGAAUGGACCAGGUCACUAACAGACAGGUCAUCUUCUUGGUGUGCAUCUUGGUGUCCCUAUCAAUACUGAGCAGUAUUGGCAUGGCAAUCUGGAACAGUAUCCAUGUGGGUGUACAGGACCACUGGUAUCUGGACAUCUCCCUCGUAGACGCUGCUGGUCAGUUCUUCCUGUCCAUCCUCACAUUUGUCAUCCUCUACAACAACCUCAUACCAAUCAGUCUCAUUGUCACAUUGGAGGUACUCAAGUUCGUACAGUCCUUCUACAUAAACUGGGACUUGGACAUGUACAAUGUCAGCAACGACACUCCGGCUCUGGUCAGGAACUCAAACCUCAAUGAAGAACUGGGUCAGGUGAAGUAUGUGUUUUCUGAUAAGACGGGCACUCUCACUGAGAACAUCAUGGAGUUCAAGAAGUGUAGUGUAGCCGGGGAGAUGUACAGCAUGGACACGACUGAUGGUUCAUCACAGAGACUUGUUGAUGCUCUGCAAGGACUGUCAGCUGCAAGUGACUCGACUGUGCUCGAGUUCCUCAAGGUAUUGGCUCUGUGUCACACUGUCAUCCCAGAGGCUGAGAAUGGAGAGAUCAAACUGAGAGCAUCCUCACCCGACGAAGAGGCUCUGGUGAUGGCAGCCAUUAAACUGGGGGUACAGUUCCGAGAACGGACACCUUCCUCUGUCAUUAUCGAUGUGUUUGGAACAAAUGAAAAGUACGAAGUACUAAAUCUUCUUGAAUUCAACAGUGACCGAAAGCGUAUGUCAGUGAUAGUGCGUUGUCCUGAUGGAACCAUCAAGCUGCUCUGCAAGGGAGCUGACAGUGUGGUGUACUCUCGACUGGCCCCCAGGGACACCAUCAAGAGCACCACAGAGAACCACCUCAACCUGUUUGCAGAGGACGGUCUACGAACACUAUGCAUUGCUCAGGCAGUCAUCGACAAGGAGGCUUACGAGGCAUGGAACAGAGAGUACCAUGUGGCCAGCACUGCCCUGGAGAACAGGGAGAAGAAGUUGGAUGAAUGUGCCGAGACCAUCGAGAAGAACCUGUGUCUGCUGGGGGCCACUGCAGUGGAGGACAAGCUACAGGAGGGGGUCCCCGAGAGCAUAGCCACCCUGCGGAGUGCUGGCAUCAAAGUGUGGGUGCUCACUGGCGACAAACAGGAGACGGCCAUUAACAUUGGGGUUUCCUCAAGACAGCUCACCUCUAAAAUGAACAUCAUCAUUAUCAACUACAAAUCUCUUAAGGAAGUGAAGGACCACCUCCUUAGGGAGGCGGAGUCCAGCUCUGGGAAGGAGAAUGCUCUGGUAAUUGACGGCAAGUCCCUCAUGUUUGCCCUUGACCCGAGUGCCAAAGAUCUGUUCCUGAGGGUGGCUCUCAAGUGCAAGUCGGUCAUCUGCUGUAGGGUGUCUCCUCUUCAGAAAGCAGAUGUGGUUCGUCUGGUGAGGUCCAAGGUUAAAGACUCCAUCACUCUGGCCAUAGGAGAUGGUGCUAACGAUGUGAGCAUGAUCCAGGCUGCCCAUGUGGGUGUGGGCAUCAGUGGGAGGGAGGGGCUACAGGCCACACUCGCCUCAGACUAUGCCAUUGCACAGUUUCGUUUCCUGCUCAAGCUUCUCCUAGUGCACGGUGUGUGGAACUACAACCGACUGGCCAAAGUCAUCCUCUACUCCUUUUACAAGAACAUCUGUCUCUACAUCAUAGAGUUCUGGUUUGCUUUCUUCAAUGGAUUCUCUGGGCAGCCUAUUUUCGAGAGAUGGACUAUUGCUCUCUUUAACGUGCUGUUCACAUUUCUGCCCACUCUUACGUUUGGUCUGUACGAGCAAGACACGACGGCUAGGGCGAGAAUGGAAGUGCCUUCUCUCUACAUCGCCUCACAGGAGGGAAAGUACUUCAAUACAAAGGUGUUCUGGAAGUGGGUGGGACUAGCCAUCUUUCACUCUCUCUUCCUCUUCUUCUUUGUCUACUUCAUGCUCCUACAAGAGGCUCUUCUCUCAAAUGGUGAAGUGGUUGGUAUCUGGUACGUGGGCAACACCAUAUACACAUGUGUGGUCAUUACAGUCAACCUCAAGCUUGCUCUGGAGUCACGCUACUGGACCUGGCUUCACCACGUGGCAGUGUGGGGGAGUAUCCUAAUAUGGUAUCUCUUCUUGGCCAUCUACCCUCACUUUUGGCCCCGAAUCAACAUUGGCAGCGAUAUGGUUGGUCAGGACGCUAAGCUGUACGGCUCGGCGAUGUUCUACUUCCUACCCCUCCUUGCCCCCGUUGUUGCCAUGUUACCAGACUUCCUUUGGACUGUAUGGAAACAAAAUGUGAACAGGAGUCACGUGGAGAAGGUGCGACAAGAGGAAAAGGAUCUCAACAUAAGUUCAAAGGGAGCCUACCAGAAGUUCAGUCAUGUCUCAGUCUCCUACUCUCCCAGGAGCACCCCUGAAUAUGGUGAUGGCCUGGAGGGAGGGAGGACCAAAUCCAUCGAAUACAUUCUUCCCUCCCAUGGGUAUGCAUUCUCCCAAGAAGAUCACGGGAUUACUAGAAAGGGCUCGAGGUUACAGAGAAGGGACAUGAUUAAGAUGGCGUUUUAUGGACCUUCCCCAUGAUUAACAAUAAGUUUUACUGUUUUUAGGAUACUUUUUUUUUUUUUACCAAUUCCUGUAAUGUGUGUUCUGGAGUGUAUGACGUAUACAUGAUGUUAUUAUAAUUA